AUGGAGGGCUCCGCUCAGCUCGUCACAGUCCUGCCUUUUGCUGCCAGCGUUCUUCACAGCCGUCGUUGCCCUGCUGUUGAGUCUGUAGUUGGGGCCCUCCAGCCUGCUUUUACAGGCAAGUACUAUCAAUAUCAAACUCCCUCCCUGCCUGAUCGCCAUUCCGUUUGCAGACCGUGCCCUACUGCGAGCACUUCCUCCCGUAUUGUGUCAUCAUCUACCAGUCCAGCGCUUAUCGGCGCACCAUCUUCGCACAACUUUUCAAGGCCAUCGUUACUCAACCCGGGACGCCCGACAUCAAGUAGCAUGGAAGCCCCGGAUCCGCCUAGCUCAGUCGCGCCUUCUGGUUCUACGACGACCUAUCACCUGCCUCUAACUACUCGUUCCUGCCAUCCAAGUCGUCCCGGCCCUGAGUCUAGUGCUGGCGAUGGGGUCUUCCAAGCUGCCAUCCAAGGCAUGUAUACCACUCGUAGCGUCAAUUCCCGCCCUGAUGAAUAUUCGCCUCUUAGGUCCGUACCUCGUGGGGACGAUACAGCACAGCCCGCUUCAAACGUCCUCAUAUACUACCAAAAUGUUGGUGGAAUCAACACAUCCAUCGCCGAAUACCAGCUGGCCCUUAGCAACGGGUGCUACGAUGCUUAUGCGUUCACUGAGACCUGGCUGAACGAGGGCACAUCGUCUAACCAGCUGUUCGACAAUUCGUUUUCCGUUUAUCGACACGACCGGUCACCAUUAAACAGCAACAAGACCACCGGCGGCGGUGUUCUAUUGGCAGUGCGUUCCAGGUUCAAAUCCCGCUUGGUAAGUCCCCCGAACUGUGCAUCGGUAGAGCAAUUAUGGGUCGCAAUUUCGACUGAUGACGCGACCAUUUUUGUUUGCGUCGUUUAUAUUCCCCCCGACCGAAUCAAUGAUGCAGACGUGAUUGAGACACAUAUUAAUUUGCUCAACUGGGUGGUGUCGCAAUUGGAACCUAAGGACAAUGUUGUCAUACUCGGAGAUUUCAACUUGAGUUCCAUUGCUUGGCAGUGUAGUUCUUUUGGUUUUUUCUUUCCGUGCACUACUCGCUCCUCGAUGGGUCAAACAUCGCGCGAGCUGCUUGAUGCCUACAGCACCGCUGGACUCAGACAGAUGGUUGGAGUUAAAAAUGAAAAUAACCGUUCACUUGAUCUGUUCUUUGUGAGCGAGGAACUAGGAGUAAACUGCUCGGUUAUGCAUGCUCCUGCUCCGCUUGUAAAAAUUUGUAGACAUCACCCGCCUCUGCUAAUGUGUCUGGAAGCGAGUCCGUCUCGUACCUUUCACGAUACGUCAGAAAGUGUCUCCUAUGAUUUCAGUCGGGCCAAUUUCGGUGAAAUGAAUGUUUUCCUGGAGCGCGUGAACUGGGACGAGAUUCUUAGCGGAUCCGACGCGAACCUUGCUGCUUCGACUCUCUCCGGAGUAUUGCUCUAUGCAAUCGACCAGUUUGUUCCAGUCAUUUCGAAGCGGGAACCGACUAAGCCGGCUUGGUCAAAUGCCGCCCUCAAAAAUCUCAAAAGAGCAAAACAGGCAGCUCUGAGGCGUCACAGUAAGUACCGUACCGACACCACGAGAGCGAGUUAUUUGGAAGCGAAUACCGCAUACAAGCACCUCAACGAUAGUCUCUACAGCGCCCAUUUAAGCCGAUUACAAAGCCGCCUGAAAACUAAUCCCAAGAGUUUUUGGCGGCAUGUCAACGACCAACGUAAAGAAUCUGGUUUGCCGACUACGAUGACUGAUGGAUUCCAUGAAGCUGAUACAACAACGGCUAUAGUCGACUUGUUCCGUUCACAAUUCAGCAGCGUCUUCGUCAAUGAGCAACUUGACCCACAGGAUGUCACUGAAGCCACACGGAAUGUUCCCAGUUUUCCUGCAUCUGGAGUGCAGUUCGCUAUCACCAACGAUGUCGUUAUUGCUGCCGCCAAAGAUUUGAAGUCCUGA